UGUAGCAAGAUUGAUCAUGUUGUACACGUGUCUUGCGCUAUUUUUUUCAACAAGAGCUGAUCACAUUCCUUGGGCAUUCAUCAAAUACAUUGAGAACCUAGACAAUGUGAAGCAAUACAAUUGGUCAAAGGCAAUCUGCGAUAAUCUCUUGGAUUCAAUCAAGAAGAACAUAAAAUCUCCCACAAAAGUGACUGGAUGUGUCACUAUUAUGUCGUAUUGGUUUUGCGAGCACACUGAAGUGUUCACACCAGUUAAUGCAACAAUUUUCCCAAGAUUCUUAAAAUGGGACAUUAGUGGAUGGCCAAAGGAUUUCAAGGCACAAUACAUAGACAUCAUUAUGGAGGACAAGGUGAUUGAAGCUGGAUUGGAAAUGAAUGAUGAAGAGAAAAAUUUAAUUGAAAGCGAGCUUCAAUUAUCAAACUUGGAAGCUUCAAAUAAAACUCCUAGCUUUAGUGAUGUUCCGAGUGCAUCCGACAAUUCUACAUCUGAAACUGAAUCGUCAAAUACUCCAGAACGUCACAACAUUGUCAAUCAAUCCAGUCAAUCAGCAGAAGAUAUUGAGUCGCCUGUGGUCCGGCUUGGUUCAGGUGGCAAAAAUCUUAUGCAAAGCAGUGAAGAGCCAUCUCCAGAAAACAUGGCAGCAUCUCAUGUCCAUCAUGAAUCAACUAGAAAGAAAGACAAAUCAAUGGUAAGAAUAAUUGAACUUGAAAAAGAGAAGAAUGAUGCUAAGGAGGAAGUUGAAAGGUUGAAGAAUGACCUUCUGAUUCAAACAAAAAAAAUUGAGGUAAAGCAAUCUGAGGUGGAAGAAUUAAGGAUGGAAUUGUGGUAUCAAAUCAAGAACAAUGAGAAGCUAAAUGUGGAACUUGAGAAUGUGAUUUCUUCCAAAAUUGUCAUUGAAAAAGGCUAUCAAUUGAUGGUUGAUGAAACCGCAAAGUUAAAGUCAGAAGUUCAGGCACUAAUUGCAGCGCGUGAAGUUAAACAGAAUGAAGAUAAUAUAGAAGUUGAUGAUGCUACAAAUGAGAAGGAAAAUGCUGAGGAGGACAGGAUUGUGGAGAAUAUCAUUGCAAACAUUGUUAUCUCUGAUUAUGUAUCAAAUGUGAAGGAUAAUACCCCCAAGAAAUUGGCAACGUAUCAACGAAAACCAGCAUCUACAUCAAUGGUGAGGCGUAUAAAAACAAAAAAGCGCAUAGAAAGAGAAGACUCUGAUUUUGAGUAUGAUUUGAAGAAAAAGUUAAAUCAAAACAAGAAGGCAAAGAUUCUUGUUGAGCAGAAUGAGUUGGCUGCUUGCAAUGUGGAGGAUUACAAUAUACCUGAGAAGACCAUCUCUCUAAAGGAAGUGCAAACAAAGUCGGGGGUUUACCGGUUCUUAUCAACUAGAGACAAAAAAAAGUUGACGGAUGUUGCUCAGCUUGGAAAAAAUAACACUGUGGUAUGGUCGGGAGAUAAUUUCCUCGUGUGGAGUGACAUAAUUUCUCUUGUGAAUGGCAACAUGGUGUCAAGCAAUAUAAUUAAUGCACAAAUUGAAUAUUUGACAAGGAAACAAGGGAAAGUGAUAGCUCCUCAUCCUACACAAGUUAGAACAGCUUCAAUUGCCAUAACCAGUUCUUGCAUGGCAUUCAUUAGGAUGAAAAGAGAUGAUCUCCUCCAAAAGUGUAUCGUAGAGAAACUGAAGAACCAAGAUGAGCGAUACAGAUAUUACAUUUUCCCCAUUCAUGCUGCCGGAAACCAUGAAGUUGCCAAUCAUUGGACGACCUUAGUUUUGGACACUGAGGAUGGAUUAUGGCUCCAUUACAACUCAAUUCUCCCUAGGAAUAGAAAAUGCAGAGAUCCGUACCUGACGGACGUUGAUGAAUUGAUCAAAUAUUAUUACGAGGUCUUUCCAAUGCCAUCUGGAAGUCAAUACGAUCGUGAAGAACUGAUUACAAUGUGGGACACACCCCAACAAUCAGCUACCUCGGUGGAUUGUGGUAUAAUUUGCAUGUACGUGAUCGAUUGCCUAUUCAACAAAACAAGCAUUGCCAAGAAACUUACCAAAACAGAAAUAAACAAGUUUCGGGCCAACCUAGUGCAGACCUUUCUGAAUGACGAUCCACAUAGUUGGGAUGUUGAUGGAGACAAUCUCACUGAUUUGAUGAAAUAGAAAACUAUUAAGUUUGUUUUGUUCUUUAGUAACCUCCAACUUGAUUUACAAAUGUAAAAAAAAAAAAAAUUGAUGCCUACUUAUAUGCUAGAAUACCAAUGUAAGUUCUUUUUGUAAAUGUUUUGGGAUUUAGAUACAUCUAAAUACAUUGUGAACCUAUC